AGGGUGUCCCCUCUAGGCGAACUGUUGUCACAUUCGAGGUUCUUUCUCAAUCUUCGUUCCGCGCAAGGAGAUUACCAUUCUCUGAUUCUGUUCCGACUCUCGUCCAACCCCACCCACGAAGACGCUUCACCGGAAGAUGCAGAAACCGAGCGUAUUGACAAGCAACAAAUAUACGCCAUGGAGGCGACGUGCCCUCAUCUCGGUGCAGACAUGUCUCACGCAGAGAUAGAAGAGUGCGACACCGGCCUCGUUGCGGUCUGCCCCUGGCAUAGGUAUGAUUUCGAUCUUCGCACCGGCGCCAGCGAGACCGGUUUAAAGGCAUGUACCUAUGUGGUUGACGUGCGCUGUGACGACAAUGGUGGCGAGACGGUUUGGGUUGAAACCCCAGACACCGGCACAAACUGGAGACUAGUCGAGCUCAGGCCCGUCUCAGAAGAAUUUGCGGAUCCGCCUCCGCCACCGGAUCUUUCGCGCAUGACUAUUGUGGAUGAAAACACCCAGUCUCCGGUUGUUGAGGAGAGCGUAAUACCGAGAGAAGGGGCCCCGACCACGCUGAUGCAAUGGGCCGUUCUCAUUCUCAACACGGCAAACCCGAAACUGAAGGUUGAACGCACUCGGCAUGCGGUACAUCUCUUCCGAACGGGACAACUGAAGUCGAUCGGGCACCGCUCCUCUAGUGCACCAAGGCCGCCAGAUAUCCCACCGCGAGAGGAAGCCUUCGCACGAAAUACCGUCGACCCUGGCAAGGUGGGCAAGCGCAAGAACAGAGCAGUUAUGCUGCAUGCACUCGCAAAUAUAGAGCAAUGGGCUAUUGACCUGGCAUGGGACAUCAUGGCUAGAUAUGGGCCAGAGCACCCUGAUCUUCCGCCGGCAUUCUUCUCCGAUUUCGCCAAAAUGGCACUGGACGAAUCCAAGCACUUCUCAUUGCUGACAUCACGUCUCUCCUCACUCUCCCCCGACACUCCCUAUGGCUCACUCCCUGUCCACGCAUCCCUAUGGGAAUCCGCUCGGGUUACAUUCAACUCCCUGCGCGCACGGCUGGCCAUCAUCCAUUUGGUGCACGAAGCACGCGGGCUCGACGUCAACCCCGGUACAAUCGCGAAGUUCCGCCGGGGAGGCGAUACGGAGAGUGUCGACGUGCUAAACAUAGUCCACAGGGACGAGGUGACGCACGUCACGACCGGGCACCGGUGGUUCACGUGGAUAUGCGAAAAGCAGGGCGUUGAUCCGGUGCAGACGUUCCGCGAUGAAGUGAAGCGCUGCUGGCGAGGCGACGUCAAGGGUCCGUUCAACAUCGAGGAUAGAGAGCAGGCUGGUAUGACGAGAGACUUCUACGAGAAUCUGAAGGGAGAGAUGCCGUCGGAUUGGGAUCAGCGACAUCUGGAGACGAACACAGCCACGUAG